AUGGACAAAUUGAAAAUACCCUUACUCUCACUUUCCAAAAUCUCAGAAAACACAAAAAGGAACCAUCUACACUCUGAUGAUAUCCACUUUGGGCUACCCAAGCUUUUUCAGCCCAACACUGCGUUGUUCUACGACCUCCUCCGGACAUGGAUUCAAGAUUGUGACAUGCAUCAUCCCCAAUGUCGUCCCGCAGACAGAUCACGCUUCCAGGUGCCGACUCGCCUUAUUGAAGUGAGUCAGGUUGACGGUGGAAGUUCGAGGGUCUUCCUUCGCAACGCAGUGGACGCCGUGUGCCUAACAGGAGGGGAGUUGAGAUAUAUCGCACUGUCACACCCUUGGGGCAAUGGAGAACAGCACGAUCACUUCUGCACCACGAAAGACAACCUUGGCAGUCGACUAAGUGCCGGUAUUGAUCUAAAGGAUUUCCCGAACACUUUCAGACAUGCAAUCGAGGUGACUCGAGCACUUGGUAUCCCAUACCUCUGGAUCGAUUCGUUAUGUAUAGUGCAAGGACCAGGCGGGGACUUCGACACGGAAGCCAAAAGGAUGGAGACCGUCUUCAGCUCCGCAUACUGUGUCAUUGCCGCAAGUCGCGCCAACGGAACAUCAAGUGGGUUUUUGUGGGAAAGGUCAGAACGUGAAGUAGUGAGACUGGAUGGAUAUCUUGCCCAUGAUCCAGUUUAUGUCUGUGAAGCAAUUGACAACUUUCAGCAUGAUGUGAUUGAAGGGGCGCUGAACAAACGCGGAUGGGUCCUGCAAGAGCGGGCUCUUGCACCAAGGACCAUAUAUUUCACGGAGAACCAGACGUACUGGGAGUGUGGCCAGGGCGUGCGCUGCGAGACAUUGGCAAGGUUGACCAAUAGCCAGGCUUCGUUCCUUGGGGACCCCAACUUUCCCAAGUUGGCUAUGAGCUCGACCAGAGGAGCGAAGAUCCGCUUUUAUGAAUCACUGUACAGACAAUACUCAAACCUCGAUUUCACAAAGAUCCACGACCGGCCCAUAGCAAUAGCCGGGCUAGAACAACGACUAGUGAGUGCUUUCAAGACCGAAGGAGGAUACGGUGUGUUCAACGGAGCAUUCUUCGGGCGCAGCCUUUUAUGGACAAGGGAUACAAAACGAAGUGAUGGCCUCAAAUUGAUUGACUUUCCCCGGGAUCAGAAGUUCAGGGUUCCGACGUGGUCAUGGACAGCGUACGAAGGACCCAUCACAUACUUUGACAUACCUUUUAACCAUGUUCGAUGGACCUACAACACUGCAGAAGGAAAAAUUCAAUCUCCAUGGACGAGUAUGGAAUCUGAAUGUACCUCGUUCUCAUUGCAUACAGGAGAACUAGACGGAAGAAUUGAUCUUACUGCCCAAGCAAGGGAGAUGCUAGAUCUGGAAUCAGGAGAGGCGCAGGAAAAGGUCAUAUAUGACGAAGGGAUGUUGCCUCCAGGUGCACAGAAGCUAUGCGUUAUCGUUGGACACGAAAAGCCAAACGAUGAAGAAUGCACGAUGCAGGACCUGGGUUAUUAUGUUCUGCUCGUUGCCCCCUCUGCUGAUCCCAGCGAUGGUUCCUACCGAAGGGUUGGUGUUGGCAGGUUAUUAGGGAGUUGGAUUGACUUUGGCAAGCCUGAGUGCAGAGUCUGUAUAUCCUAG